AUGAGCACUCCAGGCCGCGAGGAUCCUGCAGCCCACAGGAACCUCGCCACGGCCACAAGGGCAGCACAAGAAUCCACAGCGACGGGGGACAAUGCCGCAACGCUCACCGUCGUCCCUCGUCUCGACCACCCCGGUUCGCUCAACCCCAGUAACAGCACCACGCCGCUUGGUCACGAUGACCACGGUGACCUCGACCCCGCAGCGUCCCUCUCCAACCUUCCACCCGAGCUCUUAGACCUGGUCCUCAGCCAUGUUGAACCCGAGCAUCGCACGCGCACCGCCCUGUCGCUCGCCAUCGCCACUGGCCACUCUCCCUCCCAGCGCGCAAUCUGGAAGCACGUCGUGGUCAACCGCGGGCCCCAGCUCAUGCCCCUAUGGAAGAAGUUGAUGCUCGAGAAGAAGAAAGGGCGGAGUGGCGGGUGUGAACUCGCGAGGACGUUUAGUCAGGAAUCAUGGCGUGGUGAUGCCGACAUCCUCAACAACGUUCUUCGGUGCCUUCCUCGCCUGCAAACCAUUCUUCUCAACAUGGGUACCAACUUUGCACCCGAGCACUUGACCGAGCUGUUUGAGAAGCCCCGCGACGUGCAGCGCAUCGAGAUGCGGUUCAGGCCGUAUGUGGAACAGGCUACCUAUUACCAGUUUUUGAAAGGUUCCUAUUUCGACACGGCAAUCACUACCCUCUACCGCCUCUGGCCAGAAACUCCCGAGUUUACAAAACUCAGCAUCGUGCAAGAUGUACCACCUCGCAAGACUGCGCCGCCCACGCGCGACCACAGCGUCGUGGCCAGUCUCACCGGCAGCAUGACCGACUUGCGAUUGGACAGCACCAGUGUUCCGGGACCGUCGCCACUGGCUACAGCGGCUGCCAUUGCUGCAGCCGAGGCCGAUGGAGAUGCCUCCGACUCUGAGGAAGGCGAUUCGUCCACACCACCUUCAUCGGUUGAUGAAACCGAGACACUCGAGGCCAAGGGGUACACCCGUCAAGGACCGUUCCCUUACCUGGGCGCGAGUCUACAGCACGCCAAGCCCACUUCGUUUGCGCAGCCAAUUGUCUUUUUUGACACGGAGUGUCUUGCUCGAUUUGGCGCGUCCCCUGUCGCCAAACACAUUGACCACCUUCGCCUGCGUAUCCCAAGUCGAACCAUUGUCAACGUUCUCGUCUCCCCACCCCAUGGACCCGUCCUGUUCCCCGCCCUGCGUUACCUUGACUUGUCAACAACCAACGUUCGCCUGGACGCGGUCCUUGCAGCUCUGCUCCGCAACCACACUCGGCUAGAGCACCUUGUCCUCGACCGCGUCAAUCUGUUUGGUUUUACAGCUCGUGAAAAGGGCACUGAGCUUUGUCGCGAUCUUGGUGGACUCUGCAUAUCGGCAGGCCUCAACAGAGGCAAAGAGCGCGAGCGAGCGAUAGCAGCCUGGGACCUUGCGGAACGUACUCGCCUGGCCGAAGCCGAGGCCGCUCUGCGUCGCGAGCGGGCAAUAAACAACGCUCAUGACGGUAGCGAGGCGGCAAGAGCCGCUGUCGCCGAGGAAGCCAUGCGCGACGAGAUGCAGCGCAACAUUGCCCUCGCUCGCUCGCGCCGUGGCCAUCGUAGCGCUGGCCACAGUACAAUUUCACUUCGCGAUCGACCUGCACGUCGCGGCGGUGCGGCUGCUUCGACCACGAUAUCGCCGGCCGAUAUUCCAGCAGCAGACCGCGCAUACUUUGUUCUCCCGCCCCUACCUUCGCUAAAGACAAUGUCCAUUGGUGGUGAAGCACCACUCAUUUCCACGUUCCGCGUCAGCACGUGGGAGGACCAGUUCCAUGCCGGCUGGCGUGAUGGCCUUUCCAAGCUGUCAGGAUGGGCUGCGCACGUUGCCGACAAGUACGAGCGCGCAGUCAAACGCAGCGACGAGUGGAAAGAGUGGCACGCUCGGAACAGUGGCGACAAGGACAAGACAGACGCCAAGGGCAAGACCAAGGGCAAAGCCAAGGCCUUGCCGGCGGACAAGGCUCGACCCCCGCUCGAUGUUCGUCUAUACCGUUUCGGAACCGUCGACGAACCUGUGGCAGAACAUGACAGGGUGGACCCCACUGUGGGCCUCAUUGAGGUGCACCCUGAGCGGGCUCGAGACUACCUGGACGUGUACAAGGAUGCGGUUGCCGAGGCCGACAUGUAUACCCACUCGCAGGCCGUUCGUCCCCCGUGUGUGUUCUGCACGGUUCCAGACUGCGAGGGUCCGCGCCGCCGAGGUGAGGAAGGUGCCCGCGUGGAUGGUCGCGGAGGCACAGGCAAGGCGCACAAGGAAGGCUGUGGCCACCACUCGUGA